CGGGACAUGAGUUUGACGUCAUUUCCCAAGACACCGCGCCAUGCUUCGAAGGUUCUCCAAGUCCAACGCGAGCGCGACGAGCCGAACGAGCAACAGCGACCGCUGGAACACCGACGCGGACGACGAUGAGCGCAUUAGCACCGACUUUGUGCCCCUGACCGACGACGACGAAGCUACAGCGAUCGGCGACAUCCCAGUCAUGCAGCGUCAGGUGUCCUCCAUGCCGAUGCUCGAGCGGGACGACUCGUCGAUUCCGUAUUUCAACCGCCAGGCCUCAUCGUCGGUGGUCGCCCACGAAAUGACUGAGCCCGGCCAAAUGUACCGGCACUCGGAGCCCGCCUUUUCAUCGACGACCUCCAUCCCCCAGUGGAGCAAUUCAACUCGACCCAGAGUCGUGACGACCGGACCAGACCUCCUCGCUCUCAGUGCAGCCUUUGGCGAGCGCUCAACUGCACCAACUAAAGCGUCCGAGGCCAUGCUGAGCUUGCACGAAGCGUCCGCCAAUGCCACCAGUCGACCAGGCGACCUUGUCAUUCCGUACAAACCACUGCGCAAGCGCGUAGCCUAAUUCGUUUGACAUGCAUAUAACUUAAUAACUUUGCAAGAAGUGAGUCGUCGCGGCCCAAGUUCUCGUAGUACCGCG